AGAAUCCUCAUGGUUGAACCGGAAAGAGCCAAGGAAGGCGCUACGUCAACGUCAAAAAUUUUGAUUGCUGGGAAAGAUCCAAAAUGGUGGGAUAUUUCGACAUUUUCGAAAGAGGAUAACCCGAACGGGCUAAUCUGCGAAUCUUCAUUUGCCAUUCUGUUCCCAAAGUAUCGCGAGAAAUACAUCAGGGAAUGUUGGCCUUUGGUACAAAAAGCUUUCGAGGAACAUUUUUUGAAGGUUGAUCUGGAUCUAUUGGAAGGAACAAUGGUCGUCAAGACGACUAGGAAAACAUGGGAUCCAUAUAUUAUAAUAAAAGCUCGUGAUGUCUUGAAGUUGAUUUCAAGAAGUGUACCAUAUGAACAAGCAAUAAGGGUACUUCAAGAUGACACUGCAAGUGAAAUUAUUAAAAUCAGUUCGAUGGUGGCAAAUAAGGAGCGAUUUGUUAAACGUCGUGCAAGACUAAUCGGUAACGAAGGUGCAACACUGAAAGCAAUUGAACUGCUCACUAAGUGCUAUGUUAUGGUUCAGGGAAGUACAGUGGCAGCUGUUGGCCCAUAUGAAGGACUGAAGCAUGUUAGAGUGAUAGUGGAAGAUUGUAUGAAUAACAUACAUCCUAUCUAUAACAUUAAAACAUUGAUGAUUAAACGUGAAUUAAUGAAGGAUGAAAAUUUGAAAAAUGAAAAUUGGGAUCGCUUUCUACCGAAAUUCAAAAAGAAGGUGCAACCUUCCCAAUUAACAAAUCAAGCGAAGAAGAAGAAAGCUGCACGGUGGAAGAAAAAAGCUGGAUACACCCCUUUUCCUCCUCCACCUGUUAUGAGCAAAAUUGAUAGACAGCUUGAAAGUGGAGAAUAUUUCUUGAGUGAACGGACAAAACAAAUGGAAAAACGUAAUGAAAAACGCACAAAACAGUUGGAGAAGACAGUUGAACGUAAAAAACAACGCGCAUCAGAAUUUACACUUCCAGAUGGGAAAGCAAGACCUAAGACUAACCAUAAACGAGUUAAUGAAACUCCUAUUGAUAUUGAAAAUUUGAAGAAAAGGCCAGAAGGGCAAAGGAAUAAUGAUUACUUAUGUUGGGAAAUUGUUUUUCUGUUGAACUCUUUCUCGGCGAUACAGAUUUAUUCGGAAGGUAAUACUGUUCUUGCACAAUAUUACUAGUUAACAACAGGAAGAAAGGUAUAAAAUAUGUAUGUAUAUAACACGAUGAAUUGAUAAGC